CUUCUCACGCCCACAUCACAUGAAGUAGAGUAGUAGACUCCUAUUCAUACACAAUUACUCCCUCCAUCUCCUUUUUAAAAAACCCAUUCUUCUUGCACCUGGAAAGUGGAAACCCCUCUCUUCUAAUUCAUCUCAAUUCCUCCCUUUCUUCCUUCUCGAAUCCGAUCGAUCUGCAUUUCUUUAGCAUCAAAUGUCAAUAAAUUUUGGGGAUGGUGCAAAGCGCGCCAUCGUCUUCUCCUUCUUCGUCGUCGUCGCGUGUCUUCUCGCCGUGGUCAGUGCCGAAGAUCCUUACAGAUUCUUCACCUGGAAUGUUACUUACGGCGACAUUUAUCCUCUAGGUGUUCGACAACAGGGAAUACUCAUCAAUGGUCAAUUUCCGGGUCCCGAUAUCGAUUCCGUCUCAAAUGACAAUCUCAUCAUAAACGUCUACAAUAGUCUGCCGGAGCCAUUCCUCAUCUCUUGGAACGGAGUUCUACAGAGGAAGAAUUCAUGGGAAGACGGAGUUUACGGAACCAAUUGUCCCAUCCCGCCGGGAAAGAACUUCACGUACGUAAUGCAGGUGAAGGACCAGAUUGGCAGCUUCUUCUACUUUCCCUCGCUCGCCUUCCACAAGGCUGCCGGUGGUUUUGGAGGUAUCAGGAUCCUCAGUCGUCCCUUAAUUCCAGUCCCCUUUCCUAAACCCGACGGCGAUUACACCGUUCUUAUUGGAGAUUGGUACAAGAAAAACCACACGACCCUGAAGAAGAUCCUCGAUCGUGGUCACAAGUUACCUUUUCCUGAUGGCAUCCUUAUCCAAGGUCGUGGCUCCAAUGGUGCAUCCUACACAGUGGAACAAGGAAAAACUUACAGGUUUCGUAUAUCAAACGUGGGGCUACAAAAUUCUCUCAACUUCAGGAUUCAGGGCCAUAAGUUGAAGCUGGUCGAAGUUGAAGGAACACACACUAUGCAGACCACCUACUCUUCCCUUGACGUACAUGUUGGACAAUCCUACUCAAUUCUUGUGACUGCUGAUCGGCCUGCUCAAGACUAUUACAUUGCCGUCUCCUCCCGUUUCACAACCAAGAUCCUCACCAGCACUGCCAUUCUUCGCUACAGCAAUUCCGCUGGUUCUGUCCAGGGCCCACCUCCAGGUGGACCCACCACCGAAAUCGAUUGGUCCCUCAGACAGGCUCGCUCUAUCAGGACAAAUCUCACGGCAAGUGGGCCAAGGCCAAACCCUCAAGGCUCAUACCACUAUGGCCUCAUCAACACCACACGAACCAUCAUUCUGGGCAACUCUGCAGAUUCUGUCAACGGCAAACAGAGAUAUGCAGUCAAUAGUGUAUCUUUCAUCCCGACUGACACACCCCUAAAGCUCGCCGAUCACUUCAAGAUUGGCGGCGUUUUUCGCGUUGGAAGCAUCUCUGACAAACCCACCGGCCAUGGAAUGUACCUCGACACAUCUGUUAUGGGUGCUGAUUUCCGAGCAUUUGUUGAAAUUGUGUUCCAUAACAAAGAGAACAUUGUCCAGAGCUGGCACUUUGAUGGCCACUCUUUCUUCGUUGUCGGAAUGGAUGGAGGUCUGUGGACACCUGAUCGUAGGCAAGAAUACAAUCUAAGAGAUGCAAUUGCCCGCUGCACCAUCCAGGUAUAUCCCAGGUCAUGGACGGCUAUUUAUGUUGCACUAGAUAACGUGGGGAUGUGGAACUUGAGGUCCGAGUUCUGGGCACGUCAAUACCUCGGGCAGCAAUUUUAUAUGCGAGUCUACUCACCUGUGGAGUCGAUUAGAGACGAGAACCCUAUCCCAACGAAUGCACUUCUCUGCGGCAGGGCCAGCGGACGACACACUCGACCACUCUAAAGUCUAAACUCUAUUUAAUUCCCAUUUUAGCUAAGCUAAUGCUCCCAUCUCAUGACUGGAUGCUUACUCGGCGCAAGUUGGAAGAUGGGAGAGAAUUAUCUACCAUUGGAAAGUCUAAAAAUGACCCCAACUCGAGGUCACUGGUCACAUACUUUUUUUUUCCCCCUGCUAUAAUGUUGUAAUUUCAUGUCCUUUGUGAUAAUUAUUAUUUAAAAAUAUUUGAUACGAACUUGUUGCUUCUAAUUUUUUAUUUGAAAUAAAUUAUCUCAAAACACAUGGUUUGUUAUUUCGUUCAA